UAUAACUGCCAUGGUGGUGAUUAGAAUGCGCUUCAUUUCUCAUCUUCCUACUCUCUCUAUCUUAUCAAAUCCAAACUACGAUGGUGUUGAAUCCUGUUUAAGAAACAAUUGAUCUCCUGUUUGUAUUUACUUUUGUUUUAUUUAGUUGAAUUGCUGACAUGGGAGAUGAUUCCGGCAUGUCAUAUCAUGAUUGAACCUAACACCAUAUCGGGUGAAGAAGACGACCGGUAAACCAAACCACGUGCACCCGUUUCUGUCGAGUUCGACUUACAGUCCAAACUUCAGGGUUAAAAUCCGGUUCUAUCACCCUCUGCCAUUCAUCCAGAUCUUGUGGUGAACAACAGGGGUGUGAAUAAAGUUUUUGUUGAAAAUGUUAUGAAGGUUGAACUUAUAGAUCUAUAAAUCUGGAUUUACGAAGGGACAGAGGAAAUGUCGUCGAAUAAAGGCGAGCAUCAGACGGUCCCGUUAUCGGUGUUGUUGAAGCGUGAAUUGGCCAAUGAGAAGGUUGGGCGGCCGGAGAUUGUUAGCGGUCAGGCGAAUCAGUCGAAGAAAGGGGAAGAUUUCAUGUUGAUUAAGAUCGAAUGCCAACGCGUGUUGGGAGAUGGUGUUACUACGUAUUCUGUGUUUAGGGUACUUGAUGGCCAUAAUAGGGCUGCAGCAGCUAUAUAUACCAAAGAGAAUCUUUUGAAUAAUGUUUUGAGUGUUAUUCCUCCGGACCUGAACCGCGAAGAAUGGAUUGGGGCUUUGCCUAGGGCUUUUGUGGCCGGAUUUGUGAAAACGGAUAAGGAUUUUCAAGAGAAAGGUCAACUGUCGGGAACAACAGUCACCUUUGUAAUUAUUGAAGGAUUCAUAGUUACUGUGGCAUCAGUUGGUGAUUCCCGCUGCAUACUUGAAUCUGCAGAUGGAAGCCUAUAUUAUCUAUCAGCAGAUCACAGAUUUGAGGACAAUGAAGAAGAGUGAGUAUUGAGUAUAUAGAUGCAAGUUAUAACGUUCUUCUGUGUAUUUAUUCCUUUAUGAUAUGUUAUUUUUUUAAAGAUGUGUGAUCUGUGUAUUUAUUCAUUAUUUUUUUUUAUAAUGAAACCGUUCGAGAUUCGCUUUCUCCCGGACGUCCUUUGAUCCUUAAAGAAGAUAAACAGGGGAUCGUGGCAGCAGGGCUCACUCAGUAUCGCGCGUAUUCAACUGAUGAGGUCAUGAUGUUGCUUCAACAAGGAAACCGUAAUUGGACUACAGAACCAACUCGAGCCAAUGAAACAUCGUCACGCUCCCAUGCUAUUCUUCUGGUUUGAGAUCAAACAAAAUUUAUGCUCAUCUUGAAAAGAGUUAUGGUUGAGUAUAGAGUGAAAGACGAAUGUAACAUCAUAAACAGAGUUGGAAAAUUGUCGUUGAUUGACUUAGCGGGCUCAGAGCGCGCCCACGCAACUGAUCAAAGAACACUGAGAUCACUUGAGGGCGCCAACAUUAACCGAUCGUUACUUGCUCUUAGUAGUUGCAUUAACGCUCUUGUUGAAGGAAAGAAACAUGUUCCUUAUAGGAACGCAAAACUCACUCAACGGUUUAAAGAUUCUAUCGGCGGGCCUUGCUAUACGGUUAUGAUCGCGGAUAUCACCCUUCAUUGGGCCGAUCGAGCUAAGGAGAUCCGUACUAAGUCUUGUCAAAAUGUUUCUAAAUCAUUCUUAUUAGAUGCUUGAGUUUUUUGUUAUAGUUUUUUUAUUUUUGUGUAGAGAUCUCGGCACUAAUCAUAUUGGAGACCAUAUACUGUCAAACCUUCCACUUACCAUCAAGAGUUAUGUUUAUUGGUCCUUCAUCA